GGUGGUGGCAGCGGCCCCGGUCGCGGCGCGGCCCCGCCGCUAUGGCGCUGUCCCCCUAUGUGCAGGCCAUGCAAGAGCUGUUCCGCGCCAACACCCGGAGCCGUGAGUUCCCGGCGCACGGCGCCAAGGUGCACUCGGUGGCCUGGAGCUGUUGCGGCCGCCGCCUCGCCUCCGGCUCCUUCGACAAGACCGCCAGCGUCUUCCUGCUCGAGAAGGACCGGCUGGUGAAGGAGAACAACUACCGAGGCCAUGGGGAUAGUGUGGAUCAGCUCUGCUGGCACCCCAGCAAUCCUGACCUCUUUGUCACGGCAUCUGGGGACAAAACCAUCCGCAUCUGGGACGUCCGUACCACCAAAUGCAUCGCCACUGUCAACACCAAAGGAGAGAAUAUCAACAUCUGUUGGAGCCCUGAUGGACAGACCAUUGCAGUGGGGAACAAGGAUGAUGUAGUCACCUUCAUUGAUGCCAAGACUCAUCGUUCCAAAGCUGAGGAACAGUUCAAGUUUGAGGUGAAUGAGAUCUCCUGGAACAACGAUAACAACAUGUUCUUCCUCACUAAUGGGAAUGGCUGCAUUAACAUUCUCAGCUACCCAGAGCUGAAACCCAUCCAGUCCAUCAAUGCCCAUCCUUCAAACUGCAUCUGCAUCAAGUUUGAUCCCAUGGGGAAGUACUUUGCCACAGGCAGUGCUGAUGCACUAGUCAGCCUCUGGGACGUGGAUGAACUGGUGUGUGUGAGGUGCUUCUCAAGGCUUGACUGGCCUGUGCGAACGCUGAGCUUCAGCCAUGACGGGAAGAUGCUGGCGUCAGCGUCAGAAGAUCACUUCAUUGACAUUGCAGAGGUGGAGACAGGAGAGAAGCUCUGGGAGGUGCAGUGCGAGUCCCCCACCUUCACAGUGGCCUGGCAUCCGAAGAGGCCCCUGCUGGCCUUCGCCUGCGAUGACAAGGAUGGCAAAUACGACAGCAGUCGGGAGGCAGGCACUGUCAAGCUCUUCGGCCUCCCCAAUGACUCCUAAUGGAACCACACCAGGGGAAGCGAUGCCUGCCUGCUCUCUGGGAUGGGAGGGUGCUUAGUUGGUGUAGUCAGGGCAAGGAGGUGGCUCCUCUCCUUGUCUGCUGGGUGGUGCUGUGGCUCUGCCCUGCGUACCACUCUCAGGAGCAUUUGUGAAAAACCAGCUUCUGUGCUGGGCAGGAUGGGGAAGGGGGGUUGCUGGUAGGGCCCACCUCAAUGUCUGAGGGCUGCUGCUACCUCUAUAGGGUGUAUGUAGGGUUGUUCCAAAGGCAAGUGGCCAAAGAAAAUCACUGUAGGAGCCUCCUGUGAGAGGACCUCUGCUCUGGCCAGGCUCCCCAGCAGUGACAAGCUACCUGACUGUCCUCUUGUUCACAGCAGCCUGGUGGCAAGGGCAGCCCUGGGAGCACAGCCUGUCCCUCCCCCUCCCGGAUGUCUCAUGACCCUUCCCCUCACUGGGACUGCCUGGGGAGGGUAGAGGAUGGGAGUUAGAUGCUUCCUCAGGUGGGGUUUUGGGGUUUUGUAUGUGUGGUUGUUUUUUCUAAUUUUGAUAAAUCUUC